CUUGUUUGUUUGGUCUUCAAACCCGAAGCCUUUUUAUUGCCGAUUCUAUUGCACCAGUUUAGAAUACUUCAGACUUUACACCCUCUCUCCUUCUCUCCUCUCCUAGUCUCACUUUCUCUCUUUAUUUACUACACUGUUCUCUUCUUGUUGUUUGUAAAAAAUCCAAAGUCGUUGAAUUCUAUACUUCGGAUCUAGCUAGCUAAUAACUCAUGAACAGAUUAGCUGGUGGAGAAAUUGCAUAUAAUUCUGAUCCGUUUCGUAAUUUCUUUCCAAGCAAACCUCCUUCAUUCAUGGAUACUACUGCAACUAAUUUCCACGGUUCUGGGUUUACGAUGAACCUUAUUAACUCAAAUGAUCAUCAUCAACAACAUGAAAAACGAGCUGUUGUUGAUGAAAUGGAUUUCUUUUCAUCUGAUAAAAAUCGUGUCAGAGAAUAUGAUCAGAACAAGGGCGCUAAGGAUAUGAUGAUCAAGAAGGAGGAUUCCCACGGUGGAUCUUCUUCAAGGUUCAGCCACGACGUUAAUACUGGUUUAAAUCUUCUAACUGCAAAUACGUUGAGUGAUCAAUCAACUGUCGAUGAUGACGGUAUAUCGCCUAAUGCUGAUGAUAAGCGUAGCAAGAACGAGCUGGAAGCGCUGCAACAAGAUCUUAACCGAAUGAAUUCUGAAAAUCAAAAAUUGAAAGGAAUGCUUAGUCAGGUUACCAACAACUACAAUACGUUACAGAUGCAACUCGUAGUGUUGAUGCAACAAAAAAGCCCUAAAAUUGAAACUUCUCAAGAUCACGAGAUGGUUAAUGUUGCAAAACACGAAGAAAAUAGAGUAAAUGAAAUGAUUCCAAGGCAAUUCAUGGAUCUAGGUCUUGCAACAACAAACACCGAAGUGGAUGAACUUUCACAUUCAUCUUCUGAAGGAAAAAGUCGUGAUCGAUCACGAACACCAAUAAAUACGAGCCUAGAGGAGUCGUCAUUGCAAAAGAAAGAAAUGGUACUGUUUGAUCAUCAGGAAAAGAGCGAACUUGGUAGCAGUAGGGAUAACGAGGAAAGUCUCGAGGACCAUCCAUCUCAAGGUUGGGUUCCUAAUAAAAUCCCUAAAUUGAAUGUCGAGUCGCAACAACAGCAGCAACCUAUGGAAGCUACUAUGAGGAAACCUCGAGUUUCAGUUCGAGCUCGAUCUGAAGCACCUAUGAUUACAGAUGGAUGUCAAUGGCGAAAAUAUGGGCAGAAGAUGGCCAAAGGAAACCCUUGUCCUCGAGCUUAUUAUAGAUGUACCAUGGCUGCAGCAUGUCCAGUUCGUAAACAAGUGCAAAGAUGCGCUGAGGAUAGAACAAUAUUGAUAACGACAUAUGAAGGAACUCACAAUCAUCCACUUCCACCAGCAGCAAUGGCAAUGGCAUCGACCACAUCAACAGCCGCAACUAUGCUGUUAUCAGGAUCGAUGUCGAGUGCUGAUGGUUUAAUGAAUUCGAAUUUCUUAACAAGGACAUUACUUCCUUGUUCAUCAAGUAUGGCGACAAUAUCAGCCUCUGCUCCAUUCCCUACUGUUACAUUGGACCUUACCCAGUCACCUAAUAAUCCCUUGCAAUUUCAAAGACCGACAACACAAUUUCAUGUCCCGUUCAUGAACCAAUCGCCGUCCCAAGGGUUUGGAUCUCAACCAACGGCGCAACCGCAGCUUCCACAGUUAUUCGGGCAAUCUCCUUAUAAUCAAUCAAAAUUUUCUGGUCUUCAAAUGUCAUCACAAAAUGGCGAUCAAGCACAUCGUAGCAAUAACCACCAAUCUCCGCCACGACAACAACAACAACAAGCUCAGCCAAACUCAUUAGCGGACACUGUGAGCGCCGCCACGGCUGCAAUCACAGCUGAUCCGAACUUCACCGCUGCUCUAGCUGCGGCAAUCUCCUCCAUAAUGAGUGGUGGUGGCCAACAAACAAUGAAUAACAACAGCAGCAGUUGCAAUACUGCCAGCAAUACUAACAACAGUACUGAUUAAUUUACCAUAUAAAUUUACUAGCAGUUCAAUACUAGUUGGCAGCGUUAGAUUAAUUUGAAAUUGCAGUUAUUAAUCUUGUUUUGUCUGUUCGCAUUUUUUUGUUGGUGUUAAAAAAAGAGGGGGAAAAUUAUACAUGUUCAUUAUCUGGAGUGAAGAAUUCAAAAAAUUCUGUAUUUUCGUUCUUUUUUUUUUACUACUGUUAAAUAAUGAAGUUUUUUUUUCUUACAA